AUGGGUAAGGAAGAUAUAAAGGAGAAACAAGUAAUUGAAGAUAUGUUAAUUUAGUAAAAAUCGACAACUUAAGACAAAAAAUUUAAAAGAAGGGAAGGAAAGAAAAAAAAAGAAGAAAAAAAGAUAAAAAGGGAAACAUUUAAAAAAGAAGAAAAAAUGAUAUUAUUAAGAAGAGUACCAUCAGGUUAUGUAUAUUUAAUUUAAAGUAAUACGAUAUGUAAUUAAAGAGUGAAAAGUUUUAGGAAGAAAAGGACAAUUUUGAAGAGUAUGUGGAAUGUGAUAGCACUGCAACUUUCCAGUCCUAAAUAUUCUAUCAAAGCUUAAAACUUUGAUGAUGAAAAAGAAAAAAGUAUUAAGAUAUUUAUUAAUUUAGGAAUAUAUACUAGGAAUAAAAGGAAUUGA